AUGGCUGGUACUGGAGUCCAAGUGGUAAAACACGUAAUCGGAGACCUGAUACUCGAUCCUAGUCCUAGUGAUGAUGGUGAGCCAUUCGACUUUGCGAAUGCGCUGAGGAUUGAGCUUGAGCGAGGUCCGCUAAUGGUGUCCAUUUGGAUGGCACCGAGAUUGUCACAUCUGCCAUCGGAGAGAAUUUGCACGAUGGACCCGCUCAGCCCGGACAACAGCCCGGAAGGGGUCGGCAGGGGUGGGGGGCGUGGCCGAGGGAGGGGGCGUGGCCGAGGGAGGGGGCGUGGCCGAGGGAGGGGGCGAGGCCGAGGGAGGGGGCAAGCGGUUGAGGGAGAGGAGGAUCGUCCCGGUUUGCACACAUGCUUGCUGACGGGGUACGGGUCGUUGAACGGCACCCCGUACUUCGAGAUAAUGAACACAUGGGGGGGCGACUGGUGCGAUGGAGGCUUCGGAAAGAUCUCUAUUGAUCUCAUUCUGGAGGCCUGGAACUUUGGGAUUCAAGUUGUCCCGCUUGAGAUUGAGGGUGACUCGGACUAG